UACCACGCAAGAUCAUCACGGACCGCGGCUCUACCUUCGUUUCCUCGUUCACGCGCGCUCUCAUGGACCAACUUGGCAUUGUCGGGAACCCCUCAACGGCGUAUCAUCCACAGACAGACGGACUUACCGAGCGCUAUAACCAGGAACUCAAGACCUUCCUCCGCCUCUACGUGGACUACCACCAGAGCGAUUGGGUCAAAUACCUCAAGUCGGCGCAGUUUUCGUACAACAACACGGUUCAUUCCUCGCAUCACGAAACACCGUUCUACGCUUCUGAGGGACGCCAUCCAUACAGCGGACUCAAUCCCCGCGCCACAGACCACGUACCCGCUGCCACAUCAUAUGCUCAACAUCUCAAGAAGGUCCAUGAGGAGAUCGCAUCUGCGCUACGCCAGGCUAAGGAGACCAUGAAGGAGAUUGGCGCGUCCGCAUAUCGCCUGGAUAUUCCCCCAACGUGGAAGACGCACAACGUAUUCAACGAGGCUCUCCUCACGCCCUACACCCCGCCCGCUUUUGCAAAUCAAGCCAACCCGCCAGAGCCCCCACCAGAGAUGAUUGAUGGUGAAGAACGAUAUGAGGUCGAGGCCGUCAUCAACUCCAAAAUUAUUGGCCGAGGCGCACACCGGAGCAUGAUGUACUUAGUUAAGUGGAAGGGGUACUCGGACCGCCACAACAGCUGGGAACCAGUUGCCAACUUGAUGCAGGAUGCCGACGAAGCGAUUGACGACUACCACAAGGCGCAUCCGCGACGCAUACGUGUCUAG